AUGGCAGCGAACUGUACUCCCACUGUAGAGCUACCGAACCCUUGCACAUCUCUAGCAUUUCUGCCUUCUAGCACAGCAGCCCAGCUCGAUAUCUCUCGAUAUCUGUACUGGGCCACAGUUGGGGCGUUCUUGUGGGACUGGAUUGUAUCUCUCCCAGACGAAGUCCAAAUCAUCCGAAAAACAGGAAUUCGACUUCCAAUUGUCGCCUACGUGCUAUCGAGAUUUGGCACUCUAUCUUACAUCCUCGUUGCUACAAUCUUUCAAGCGCUUCCGGUUCAAGGAUCUUGUCAAACUAUUCUUUGGAUUACUGGUUUCAGCUAUCCCUUUGCGGCACCUGCUACCGCGGCUUUAUUCUUCUUCAGGGUCCGUGCGGUCUACGACCGCUCAACGAUUGUGACAAUAAUAUUCGGCAUAUUAUGGCUUGGGACAUUAGGUGCUGCGCUUGCACUCCCAUUUAUGCUUAAAGGAGAGCAUAUAGGGACGACAGAUUAUUGCAUCCAAUCAUCCGUAGCACCAGGUGCUUCUGCUGUUGUCAUCAUAAACGCGUGCAGUGACACUCUUAUCUUCCUUGCCAUUUCAUGGCGUCUUGCAAAUAAUAACUUCGGUGGAGAAUCUUGGGGGAACCGCAUUCGUUCCUUCUAUAAAGGAGAUGGGCUCCCGAGGCUCUCCAAAACCCUUUUGCAAAGUGGUCAAGCAUACUACUUGGCGACCGUUGGGUUGAAUGUGGCAACUAUGGUUAUGAUCUUAGCCCCUUCCGCACCUCCUGUAUACCACGCUUUCUUAUCGCUUCCCAACAUCGCCCUUGAAAAUUCCAUGGCAUGUCGCGUUUUCAGAUCAAUCCACCUCGGAAGAAUUGGUGUUCCAACUUCAACGUCCGCCGGCUUCUCGACAUCCGCAGAACCUAGGUUGCCUUCUGGAAUUCGGUUUGAGGAUCGCUCUCUGCGUGCCAUUAGGCCUCAAUUGUACAACGACUCGCGCUCCCCACUCAGCAUCACCGUCACCACGGAGCAUUUGAAGUCGGAAGAUUCGACCCAGAAACAUUUAUACAUGAUGGACCAAGGAAUGGAUGACAGAGUCUAG